GCAAGAUGGCUGCGCGGGCAGCUCUUUUCGGGGCUUUAUGUCGGCGCCUCUCGCAGAGUCCAGGGAUCUUUUCUAUAAGCCAUCCUAAGAACAUUACAAGAAAGAGAGAUGGUUUUCUUCUCAACACCCAUCUGAAUUGGGUGCAAUUUUCAAGCUUGCAUGUGGAUGUCAGGAGUGAUAUGGACAAACCUAAGAUUUCCAUUUCUGAUGAACCAGACACAUUAUAUAAGCGCCUCUCAGUUUUAGUAAAAGGCCAUGACAAGGCUGUACUGGAUAGUUAUGAAUAUUUUGCUGUGCUUGCUGCUAAAGAACUUGGUAUUUCCAUUAAAAAGGUCCAUGAACCUCCAAGGAAAAUAGAACGUCUUACUCUUCUCAAAUCAGUACAUAUUUUCAAGAAGCACAGAGUUCAGUAUGAAAUGAGGACAUAUUACAGAUGUUUAGAGAUAGAACAUUUAACUGGAAGUACAGCAGAUGUUUAUUUGGAAUAUAUCCAACGAAACUUACCUGAAGGUGUUGCCAUGGAAGUAACAAAGAUAAGAUUAGAACAAUUACCAGAACAUAUCAAAGAGCCACUUUGGGAAACAUUGGGAGAGGAAGAAAAAGCAAGCAAGGCAUGAAGAUUAUCUUCUCACAUCUGGCUUUGAAAUGGAAAUAUCUAUAUCUAUACAUGUCAAGAGUAUUUACACAUAGCAGAGUUUCUUUAAACUCUCAUUUACUGGGGGAAGCGGGUAGUGGCAGCUGGGUCGCUCAGUGGAUUG